CACAGCGCACGCCGAACGGGGCUGCUCCGCUAAAUAGCGGCACCGAAACCAUCGGGCCUUUGAAUCUUCAAAAAUAGAAGUAGCCCGUAUUUUGAAACAAGAUGAACCUCCUGCAGGAUCGCGCUGAGAGCGAUGUGUUACUUGAAAUGGAGAAUACGCGUGAUCCUGCGAGCGCAGAUGACAACAAUGGGCACGCCCAGGUAUCUGCAACCCGUGAGGAGUCCCAAGCAGCUGGGAGGCAAGAAACUGAGACCGAGAAACCCAGCAAGGAUUCCAUAUUCUUCCAGGAUGGGGUUCGUCGGAUCGACUUUAUCCUUUCUUAUACGGAUGACAAUGCCAAGGACUGGAAGAAGAAGCAGGAGUGGAGGGAGGCGUUUGAGGCCAACUUGAAGAAAGAGGGUAUGGAGCUGGAGCUGUCGGAAUCUGAUGAAAGAGGACCCUACUUUGUGAAGAUCCACGCCCCCUGGGAGGUGCUAGUGAAAUACGCAGACAUGCUGAAGGUUAAGGUUCCCUUUAUGCCCAGCGACUUCCCCAGCUCCCGGCGCUCCAAGGUCGAGUGGCUCCUGAAGCCCUUCCGUUUGCCGGAGCACAUCAUGAACCCGGAACCUGAUUGCUUUACCACCACUUUCGACAAGGAGAGGAUUGACUUCUUCCCCAUCCAGGAUCAGGAUACUUUUUUCCCACCCUCUACUCGCAACAGGAUUGUUUACCACAUCCUCUCCCGCUGCUCCUACUCAAAUCGGGAUGGAUCAGAGAAGGAAAGGAAAGGCAUCAAGCAGCUGCUGAGCAAUGGCACCUAUACAGCUGCAUUUCCACUGCAUGACUGCAGGUACUGGCUGAGGGAUGAGUGCUCAGAGAGCGAGAGGUACAGCCUGUACCACCACUGGGCCCGGUUCCUGAGCUUCUAUAAGGAGCAACCUCUGGACCUCGUACGGAAGUACUAUGGGGAGAAAAUUGGCCUCUACUUUGCUUGGCUCGGGUUCUACACAGAGAUGCUGGUCGGUGCUGCUGUGGUAGGCCUCAUCUGCUUCCUCUUUGGGGUCUUCACCUACAAAAACAACAUCUGGAGCAAGGAGAUCUGUGACCCUACGAUCGGAGGAUCCAUAGUGAUGUGCCCACUGUGUGAUGUAAACUGCACCUACUGGAAGCUCAGCUCCACCUGCGCCUCCUCCUGGCAAUCGCAUCUGUUUGACAACAGCGCAACAGUGUUCUUUGCCAUAUUCAUGGGGAUCUGGGUCACCCUCUUCCUUGAGUUCUGGAAACGCCGGCAGGCCCAGCUGGGCUACGAGUGGGACCUGGUGGACUUUGAGGAAGAGCAGCAACUGCUGCAGCUUCGACCCGAAUAUGAGAUGAAGUGCAAACACCGUCGACGUAACCCCAUCACUCAGGAAAUGGAGCCUUACAUGCCCAUAACAAGUAAAUUUGCUCGAACCUGUCUGUCUUCAGCUACUGUCCUCUUCUGGGUGGCCUUGAUCAUCGCCUGCAUCAUCGGAGUGAUCGCCUACAGGUUGGCGGCGUACGCCGCCUUUGCCAAAAUCAUGAAGGACAGUCCCACCAGCCAGCUGCAGUUCGUGGGCCCCCUAAUCACUCCCCAGCUGGCGACCUCCAUCACCGCUUCCUUCCUCAACUUCAUCAUCAUCAUGAUCCUCAACGUAGUGUAUGAGCGUGUAGCUAUUUGGAUCACUGACAAGGAAAUACCCAAGACCCACAUGGAGUAUGAGAACAGGCUGACGAUGAAGAUGUUCCUCUUCCAGUUUGUCAACUUCUACUCCGCCUGCUUUUACGUGGCCUUCUUUAAGGGCAAGUUUGUGGGCUACCCAGGACAUUACACCUACAUGUUUGGUGGGUGGAGGAAACUGAGGAAUGAGGAGUGCGCCCCUGGUGGCUGUCUCAUGGAACUCACCACCCAGCUGGUCAUCAUCAUGGUGGGCAAGCAGCUGUGCGGCAACAUCCAGGAGGUCCUGCUCCCGUGGCUACGGAACCUGUGGGGCAGACAUAAGGCACACAGCCCAGGAAGUAUCUACUGCCGCUGGGAGCAGGACCAUGACCUGCAGGCCCUUAGCCAGCUGGGCCUCUUCUAUGAGUACCUUGAGAUGGUGAUCCAGUUUGGCUUCAUCACUCUCUUUGUGGCGUCCUUCCCGUUGGCACCCUUGCUGGCGCUCUUCAACAACAUCGUCGAGGUGCGGGUGGAUGCCUGGAAGUUCACCACACAGCUGCGGAGGCCCGUGGCUGCCAAAGCCCACAGCAUCGGGGCCUGGGAGGAGAUCCUCAACGGGGUGGCCGUCCUCUCCGUCGUCACCAAUGCGUUCAUCGUGGCCUUCACCUCGGAUAUGAUCCCACGCCUGGUCUACUAUUACGUCUACCGCCCUGGCGAUGCCCCCACGAUGGAGGGCUACAUCGCCAACAGCCUGUCCAUCUUCAAAAUCUCCGAUUUCCCUCCAAAUGACACGUCUAUCCGGAGCGAGAAGCCAGCGUGGUUCAAAAGCUCCGUCACCAUUUGUAGAUACCGGGACUACCGUUAUCCACCAGGUCAUGAGAACCAGUACUCUCACAGCCUUCAGUUCUGGCACAUUCUGGCCGCCAAGCUAGCCUUCAUCAUCAUUAUGGAGCACGUGGUGUUCAUUGUGAAGUUCUUUGUGGCCUGGAUGAUCCCUGACAUACCCGAGGAGGUGACGGCGCGCAUCAAGCGGGAGCGCUACCACACCCAGAAGAAGCUGCACCACUACGAGUUAGAGAAGCUCAGGCUCCAGCUGAGCGAGGGCAGCACCCCCUUCCACGCACCCUCUCCUGGAGACCGCAGCAGCCUCGACCCCGCUACUCUGCCCCUCGAUGUAGCCGAAGGAGAGACCGAGGGCGAGGUGUCCGUCCUUCCGUACGAUUCCACCGAAGAGAAGGAGACGUUGGCCACCUUCCUUUAGUUCUGCAUAGGGUUCCAUCUUCUCCAAAGUCUGAGAUUUCACCACCUCGUGUGCCUUUACCAGGGUAUGACAGCAGGUAUGGUGGGUGACACAAGGAGAAAGCAGCUAUCUAGUGCUCUUCCAUUAGACCAGUCUUCUCCCUUUUUUGGCAGCUCCAGUUGCUGCCACAAAUUGAAUCCCCUUGACUGCAACCUAUGGCCUGUUUUUGGGUUUAGGCACCUGCGUUCAGGCCCCCGGGAACUCAAAGGUGAGAAAACGGGGCCUUGGGAUGCUAGGGUAGCUGUCAAGCUGCCAGAGGUUUGGUUGGAACUGGGUACUGUAUUCUGUUAAUGUGAAUGGAGUCAGACAUUUAGAUGUGUGGAAUGAAAAAUCAGGGCCUGUUCAUUAAAGUGCCCUCAUAUUUACCACAGAGCAUGAGGUAUGUUUACUUGAUGUUCUUCUCCAGAGUGACUUAUACUGUUUAAAUAUUUAUUACAAUUUAGCAGUUUGUACAGCUGGGUA